AUGGCGUCCAGUACCAAUCCCUCCCUCCCUCUGGAGAUGAUAUUCAACAUCAUCCGCUGCAGCGUUGAGGAUAUGAACCCCAUGGGCGACAUGGACCAUGUUCUACGCCUGCGUCAAGUUAAUAGGACAUUUCGUGACGAGGUUGAGAAACGUCUGCUCGGAAGACUCAACAUGAAUCCCUUUUCCUGGGCACGCCUUCCAAUCCGCCUGAGACGCAUCUACCUUGACAAAAUCCUUGGACCUGAUCCGAAUGCCAGCAAUCUCGCCAAGUUCAUGGAUGGGAUGCUCAAUCUCAGCCCGUACCCAGAUAGGGAGGACACAAAGAGCAAGCUUCUCGACGCCAUCUCCUUUGGGGAGUGUAAGCUCCAGAACCUGACCGCUCCGCCCAUCGAUCCAGAGACACAUCCUCGGUUUCUAACUCGAGCUUCCUCGCUGACGGUUUGGCCAUAUGAAGAGUAUUUCUUCACCUCACCCGGGUUUGAACAGCAUUUGGAGGCAGGACGCUGGCACCAGGCUUGGAGAAGACAGACACUCGAGUCAACGUUCUGGGUUCUUCUCGCCUGCCGCGCCAUCCACCAUGGAGAUGUCUCUGAGUUCCGCCGUAUGCUUCGUCGGUGUGGAUACAAUCUGGUCACGCAUCGCUUUGGACUCUCGGUCCUGGAUGAGGUAGCCAAGUUUGGGCGUAAACGGAUGGUUAACAUGAUUCUUCCCCUUAUCACGCCGACCGACCUGUUACUUGUACCAGCCGAACACUCGGAUCGUCCCAGCAACAAUGCAAGGCUCUGGGCUACUUGGAAUUCGCUUGGAAGCCGCCAUCCCAGUUUCAAGUGCAAUAUCCUGGCCCACCAAUUCGGUGGCGCAUACCGGGGCCUCAUCUAUCAAUAUAUCUAUCUGCGUCCUCCGAAUCCUAGAGAGUAUGCUCUUGUGCAGGUGGCUUUGGCUCAUGGGAAUAAAAAGGCCGUCAAGGUAUUCAUAGACCUACUUAAACGCACUGAUGGAGACGUGGGAGAGAAAAUCAGCUAUCUGCUCGUUGAGGCCACAACAGGAUUUGAAAAACCAGAUACGCUCACUGGCAUACUGAAGACGCUCCUCCAAGGUCUGGCCAAGGUCAUCAAAGCAAACCAAUCGAGGCACCGUGAGUUCCAAGAAGCUUUACGGUCAGCGGACAUGACCAAAGUCAAUAGCUUUCUGGCGAGUACAGAAUUCGAUCCGAGCAACGCAAGCGAGAAAUACGUGCGCGAACUGCUGCCAUUAGCGAUGAACGCCGGCAGACGCGAUCUGGUCGAGACACUGAUCGACCGCGGAGUCAAUCCCAACGGUCCUCUCCUGGGGCGUGGAAAGGUGGCUGCCAGCCCUCCACCCCUGAAGGACGCUCUGCUCGCCAACAACCUAGAGUUCGCUUCUGUCCUGCUUGAUAACGGGGCAUCGUUUGAGGUCGGCCAAGCGGUAUCAGCCGAGGGGAGCACGUUGGCACUGAGGAAAUUGCUGAAAGCCGCCGUGAUUCUCGGCAACAGCGGCGCCGUUGAGCUGGCACUAAGCAAAGGCGCAGACCCAGUGAUCUCUUCGCGCAAAGCGAGUUUCGUCGUGCAGUUGACCCAAGGGCAGGACGACGAUGAUCCUUCUUACCUCUGGCAGGUCCUCUUGAUGUUCUAUCCUGGCGUUGAGAAAUACAACAAGCAUGUCAAGCGCGUCGAGAAGGAUAGGGCUCAGGGCAAUGUGCCGAUGAACAUCUGGGGUCGAUACCAAAAGCAGUAUCGGACUAUGUAUGGUGUUCAAGGCCAUCUCUCUGGAGAGGAGGUGCACACUGUCCAGGUUCGCUAUCGUCUCUUGUCGGACCAGGGCCAGUAA